CUCUUGCUGCUUUUUCACGCAGAGCUGCCCUUAAUCUCCACCCGUCCAGAAGGGAAAACUCUAAUCGAGGGAGAAAAUAUAACCCUGUCUUGUAACGCCACCGGAAAUCCAGAACCAUCAAUAUCCUGGGUCAAAGAUGGAUUUCCCAUAAACAGCAAUUCUAGGAUCAACUUUUCACAAGACAAUAGGUUAUUGACAAUAACGAAUACAAGCAGAACGUACAGCGGUGAAUACCGAUGUGUGGCAAGAAAUAGAGUUGGAAAUGAUACCUCAAAUUCGAAAGUGAAUGUUCUUUGUAAGUGUCGUACACUCUUUGAUUUUCAGGUCUCACUUGUUAUAACUGUAUUUAUAAUCUUUAUAAGUUGCAUUGACAUCCUGGAACCUUAAUUAAAAAGUGGUCAUUUCACUGCUCUUCCGUUGACGAAAAUUGGAUGAAAUGGUCGUUUAUUUUAACCAGAAGCACAAUUUACCUUUGCAUGCACGUUCUUGAUGCCGAAAUGGGUAUUGCAGCUGUAGCCUUUUCUCAAAUAUUUUUCUCUUACUUAUUUCAUUGAAAAUUUUAUCUGAUCUAUUUCAUUUUGUUCGUUACCUUGUCCAGUACUUGCCUGUUGUGAAAUUCAUGGGGCGUCGACUGGUGAUCGUCUGUUUGUUAAAAGUUAAAUGUAGGUCGACAUCAAGAAAGCUACAAAGUGAUAAUUGCAUGCCACACGUUCGAAUUAUUUAUUAGCUCUAACACCGACGCUAUUUACUUUUCAGUUCAACCCGAGGUUACAAUUGAUGGCGAUCAGGAGCAAUAUUUGGCCAAAGGCAGCAAUAUCUGGCUGAUAUGUCGGUAUGAAGCGUCGCCACCAGUGUCUGAAGUGCAAUGGAUAAAAGAAGGAACUGAGAUUGCUGGAAAUACUUCAGUGCUGAUUAAUGAUUCAAGAGUGACAAUUCUAUCUUUCAAUGAGAGUCAAAUACAGUUGUCAAUCACUGCAGCUUCCCUAAAGGAUGGGCGAAAUUACACCUGUAAAGUCACAAAUAUUUUAGGCAGCAUGCAGGAUACGACAAUGAUCAUAAUCAAAGGUAAAUGAUAACCAGUUAAACUAGCCAAUUGGUGGAGAAUAUUUCCUUCAGUAACGUUUAUUAAUCAGUCAUUGGUUUGAGUCGCUAUCAAAUUUGAAACCAUAAGGUAAGAAUACAAUUGUACCACUUUAACUGAAGAGAACGUUUUCUCCCGUACCACAUUUACAACGAGAUCGUCCUUGAAAACUGCUCAUGAGUUACUGUCAUCUUCCAAACCCUAAACGUAGUACACUGUAUGUUAUUUUUUGGUGCUGUGUAUUGUGAGAUUACCAUACGAAUUUAUAGAAAAUGUAAUAUAGGCAUUAUACAAUUCCUGCACCAAAACGCAAUAUCUAACGAAUUUAUUAACUAUUCGUCAGCUCUACAAAUUCGUUUUCUCUUGUUUUGGUCAGAGUAACACGUAUGUAUAUAUAUUUUAAUUAUCAUGCUUAGUCAAUAAAACAACGGACAAGGUGAGAACUGUUAAAUACGUUUGGAAAGAGAUUACUAUUACAUGAACAUGAAAACUUGUAUUAUUUUUUUAAAAUAAUUUUUUUUAAUGAUAAUACUGUAUUUAUCCACAGAUAAACCUGAGAUCGUGACGCAUCCUCAAAAUAUCACAACAAGAGAAGGUCAAAACGUGACUUUAUAUUGUAACGCUACUGGAAGUCCAGUUCCAACAAUAUCAUGGUACAAGAAUGGAUAUCCUAUAAAUAACAGCUUCAGUACCAUUUUUUCACCAAGCCAUGAACAGUUGACAAUAAGGAAUGUGAACAGAAUAGACAGUGGCGAUUACACAUGUCAAGCAAAAAACAGAGUUGGAACGGAUACUUCUAACGCUUCCACGAUUAAUGUUCAGUGUAAGUGACUUAAAUUAGCCAUUGUACAUGAAUAAGCACUAGCAGUCCUUUUGAUGUACCAUAAAUCCAUCAUGAAAUGUCGAGUAUUUACUUGGCUCCCUAGAGCUCGGCCGAACAAUUUAUUCUGAUUUAGCACGCUGUUCCAGCCAAUCAGUAUGCGCGUCAUAUAGAUACCUCAUUAUAAUUGCUUUUGCAGCUCUAGCAACAAUUAAUUCUUUAUCGGUCGUUCUUUCUUCUUCCUUUUGGAUCAAACUAUGCUAUGUAUGGAGGAUCUUCUUGCCGGAAUUUUUACCUUCAGAGGGCGUCUUUUUCACUGGUUCUUCGUCCUAUUACCGUUAGUGUUUUAUUCAUCUACUCAAGGAGGUAAAUGACGUUAUUUCAUUAUUCGAAGAAAGAAUUUUUAACAGAUAUGGAAGCGAGAAUCAACCUCGUUGACUUCCAUAAACGAAGGACGGGCCCUGGUCAUGCGCAUCAUGUAAGCGGAUUGAAUUCUUUUGAGUGCGUGAGAAGGAUUUUUGAGCAUGCUGUUAUCUGACGUUAUGUAGCCUUUCUCCAUAAAGUGCUUCUUUUUGUAGCACCAUCUUAUGUCCUUCCACCGAAAGAUUGAGGAAUGAUCAGGCAGUUGUCUGACUGUAGAGCAAAGAUACGCUAAAAAAGCAAACCGGACCGCGAGCCAAGCGGUCGCAUAAUGUAAUUUGUUAUCAUGUUAUAUGUAUGCUUUCGCGUUAGUCUUUUGCAAAGUAAAAUUUUUUUGAAAUUGCAGUUUUUUUUUAGAACAGCAAACGGAUGUACAGUCAUGUAUGCAUUUCUAUGCAGAUGUCUUGUUUAUCAGUUAUUUGCCCUUUGCUAACAAGAUUGAUUUCAAAAUUACAGAUAAACCUGAGAUUAUUACUCAUCCUGAGAGUGAGGAUAUAAAAGAAGGAGGAAAUGUGACCUUGUCUUGUAAUUCUACUGCAAAUCCAUUACUGACAACAUUAUGGACUAAAGAUGAAUCGCCUGUAACUAACAGUUCGAGGGUCAAUUUCUCAGUUGUCAAUAAAGUUUUGACGAUAACGAAUGUGAACAGAAAGGACAGUGGAGAAUACAGAUGUGUGGCGAGCAACAAACUUGGAAACGAUGCAUCAAAAGCUGCUGAAUUGAAUGUGAAAUGUAAGUUCAUUGGAUUGUCUUUAAAGAUAUCGAUUACAAACAGAACAGAGCAUUAUAAUAUGCAAAGUCUCUCUUGCGGAAAAUACCUCUAAGUAACGUCUACGGUGAAAUGGAUAUUUUAAAAUCUUCUUUUUUGAGUCCUCGAAAACGAUUACGAAAUGUACGUAGGAAAUAAUUUGGCCUGAGAACAAACUCUCCCCUAAAUGGCCGUAAUGAGGUGUUUGGGAAUAUGCUUUAAUCCUUUAGCUCCCAUUAGUGACCAAGAGAGAAAUUCUCCUUACAGUGUCAAUGCAAUAUUAAGCACACAAAUAAUGAGAAUAAAGAAUAAUAGCGAUCAGUGAUAAUUAUUUGAUUCAAUACUAAAUUCUCUGAACUAACAUUAUAAGAAUUUUAUGGUUGACAUUAAGGAGAAAUUACAAGUUUGAUCUGGGAGUUAAAUGGUUGAGGAUGUUAAUACGCUGGAAGUGAACACAUCUUAAAUGACAGCUUUAGUAAUAACCACAAGAGAAAGAAGUUUCUCCUUGUAAAACACGUUUGAUAACUCCAUUAUAUCUCCAUCAUCGUGCAAAAACUGUACUGAACAUUUGUUCAAGAUAUACGCAAAAAUGUUUGUUCAAGAAUUUGAGCACAACCUGUUGUAUAGUAACAUAAUUGUGAAAACACUGCAUGUGCAUAGCCUUGCUGAGAGAGUUUGUUUGUACAUCCCAGAUCGCCCUGAGAUAACAAAACAUCCGCAGAAUGUUACGGAAACAGAAAGAAAUAAUGUGACCUUAACUUGUAAUGCUACCGGAAAUCCAGAGACACAGUUUUCGUGGUUUAAAGAUAAAGAUCUCGUGGAAAUUAACUACAGGAUUUGUUUGUUAGCAAACAACUCGCUCCUGACGAUAACAGAUGUGAACAGAAACGACAGCGGAGGAUACCAAUGUGUCGCUCAUAAUGAAGUUGGAAACGAUACCUCGAUAAUUGUCAUAUUAGAUGUACUAUGUAAGUAAAGUACUAUUAAUACAAUUAUGUACCGCUAGCAGAAGUGAGACAAGGCGAUUUAUUGUAAAGUGCGCACAUAGGUUUUUUUCAUAAGUUUGUACCCUUUUUUGAACUUUCCGAACUGUCUGUUUUAAGAAGCCUUGCAAGUCACAAGCCUUGUUUACCAUUUUUCUAUGAACAUUUUCAGUAUCCUACAUGUACCCCUUUGCUGCUGAAGCUACGUUUCAGCUUUGUCAUUUCUUGAAAUAUUACAGUCAUAGAAACUUUUCGCUUCAAAACCAGUCAGAGAUUACCAACAGUGAUUUUUCCUAGAUAAUGAUUUGUAUUUUUACGUUCAUUUGUUUGGGAAAGGUAGGGAUAAAAAUUUCUUAAGUGAUAGCGAAGCAGACACUUAAGUUUUCGCAAGCUUAAAUGGAGAUCGAACGGUAAUCGAAUUGUAAGUCCCGGAUUGCGCAUGGAAACGUUUCUCUUUAUUCAGACGAGUCAUUUGUCUCGCUGAAUUGUUUAAUUCCACAGUGCAUAGUCUAGUUAAUAUCCAUUCACACUAGCAAAACAUAUUUAAGUAAACUGAGUUCAACUGAAUGAAAUUAUGACAUAGGACUAAAAGACACAUUUUUCCUUAGGUUUCAAGUCGUCAAUAGUAUUUCCAAUGUGCUUAAUUUGAAGUCGACAAAAAUCGGUUUGAGCAGUUUCUUGGCAUAUCAAACAUUGUGUUUAAUUUUUGGUAGACAAUGGCACUGGAUUACGUACCUUUAAUGGGCAUUUUAAUUGUUUGCUGCUUAGAGGCUCUAUUGUUUCUAGAACAAAGGUUUGAAAGAACCGACGCUUAGCCAAUUUCCGAGCGCGAGAUUCAAAAUAUUCGUUGACAAUAUCGCAAUUCUCGGGAUGGGGUAAGGGAAAUGUCGCUCAGAAGACAAUUUUACUGGGGGUACGGAAGGGAAACUUUGUUACAUUAAGCGCGGGCUGUAGAAGUUAUUUCUUUACUUCUCGCAAACCGGCGAAUGUCAACGUUCAGAAGCACGCUAAAAGAGCUAGGGUUUGUAUUUUUAAAUACAAAUGGAAAAGCGCAAAACAACUACAAGCAAAACCCAGUCAUCGGAGAAUAAACUCAAAAGUAAAGCGAAGUAAUAAGUAAACAGUUUUAAACCCGUGUUCAACAAAACAGCUUUAAAACAUGUUUCCGCUUUGGUUUGAAUGAGGUAUAAGUGGGUUUUCUGAAAAUUCGUAGAUCAACCUGAGAUAGCUACUCAACCGCAGAAUGACACAAGAAUAGAAGGAAGAAAUGUGACAUUAACUUGUAAUGCUACUGGAAAUCCAGAGCCAGUGCUUUCAUGGUCGAAAGAUGGAAAUCUCGCGAAAAGCAGCAACAGGAUCAGCUUUUUAGCAGACAACAAACUGUUGAAGAUAACGAAUGUGAAAAGAUCAGAUAGCGGAAAAAUACCUGUGUGUCGCUUAUAA